AGGGACGCUGAACUGUGUUACAGUGGAAGAACGAUGUACGGGAGCCAAUUUGAUGGCAACGCUGCCUUCUCUGGUGGUGGAUUUAUGCCAUCUCAGACCACCAUGGCCCCUGAUCAUUCAUUAUCUCCGGCGAAGAAUCGAGACGUCCAAGCAUUGCUUCCGUUAACAGUGAAGCAGAUAAAUGAUGCGUUUCUGUCUAGUGAUGAUAAAUCAAAUUUUGUUGUUGAUGGUGUUGAUGUUAAUAAUGUUAAGCUUGUAGGGAUGGUGCGCAAUAGAGCAGGAAGAAUUACUGAUGUGACUUUUGCACUGGAUGAUGGCACUGGACGGAUUGACUGUAGUAAAUGGGUCAAUGAAGCUGCAGAUUCAAAUGAAGUUGAGGGAAUAUUGGAUGGCAUGUACGUUCGGGUCCAUGGCCACUUAAAAAGCUUCCAGGGUAAAAGAACGUUGAAUGUCUUUUCUAUCAGGCCUGUGACGGACUAUAAUGAGAUCACAAGUCACUUCAUCGAAUCCAUAUAUGUUCAUUUUUACAACACCAGAUUACGGAAGCAACAAAGUAGUAGCAUGACUCCUCAGCCACAGAUGGCAAAUUUAUCUAAUACGCCUGUGAGAGGAUAUCAAACUCCCAUGUCAAAUCAAUACACUGGUCAAGCAGGUGGUGAUGGUUGGAAGAACCUUGAGCAAAUGGUCUUAGAUUUCUUGCAACUUCCUUCAUGCGAUACUGAGAGGGGCGCACACCGUGAUGUGAUUGCUCAACAUCUCAAAGUUCCACUAGAGAAGCUCAUGCCGGCGAUGAAAAAUCUAGAAGAGGAAGGCUUAAUCUACUCAACAACUGAUGAUUACCACUUCAAAUCAACCGCCAACGGUUGACGUCUCUAUUAUGGCGUUACUAAUGAAUUGAAGGCAAGUUUUAUUUCCUGCCGUAAGAAACAUUAUUAUCUCAAGUUCCAUUAACUUUUUAUACUUACUUUGACCGUGACAAAUAAUUGUUCUCUCAAGUUCCCAUUUAUCUUCUCUCUCUCUC